GUCCCGGCUGAUCCAGCCCCUCACGAGUACAAUUCAACGAGACGACUAGGGGACCAGGCCGUAUACUAUGACCGAUGGCAUGUCCACGAAAGCAACCCCCAUAUCUCUCAUGGGAAGCGCUCGAGGAGGGCCGAGCCCGUAACUCCGUCCUCCGCUUUGCCGACUCCGUGUCCCGCCUAAUCUCGCCCCUCCGUGACGAAUUCCCGACGUGCAUCUCCGUCGCCCGCAUGACGUAUGUCGACGAGGAUCUCGAGCCGUUCUUCACACCCGCCAUGGUGGUGGUGGUGGUGGUGGUGGUGGUGGCACGUGGCACGAGCUCGCCUCUCGGCCUCUGACUGAGCCCAAAGUCUCGUCGAU